CUCACUGCACUUCUCGUGUCACCUACGACAGCUACGCGCACCGAGGAAUAACAAUACAGAUCGAGACACCAGGAGGCGAAACCAGCCCAGAUAUUGCGCCCCGGCCAGCUGCCCAACGGCGAAAGGCGAUCGUGGUGUGAGGAUCUCGGUGGGAACCAAGGGUUGGCAGCUAGAAAACACAAGGCAUCAGGUACAUCAUAUUUUCGCGGUCUUCGGCACCGGAAGGAAAGCUAACGGCCACCCUCUGGACAGGGGACUUGGCAAGGCAGGAGAGAGAAAGGAAGUCGGGGAAGGGUAAGAGGUUGAUAGCAGUCAGCAUGCAGGUGCCGCCGGCGGACGUGUUGGUGGAGCGGCUUCGCGGCAGGGAGAACAACACAAGGUUGGUGUCGAGCUCCUACCUGUGCAACCACAAGCUUUUCUGGCCCUGGUGUUGCCAGAUUUAGAAAAACCCGGCCCCAGAACACGUGACCCCGUCAAGGAGAAAGAAGUCCGGGAGGCCGCAGAAGGAGCCAUCAAGGAGAUUCGCACCUAUGGCUUCGAGCUUCGGAAAGCGGAGGCCAUCGAAAAAACGAGCGAGCGGGACAUCGAGGACUACAGCAACCAGCGGGAACAGAUCGAGGAGAGCAUUAAGGGCGUUCAGGAGGAGAUCGGAGCACUGAAGGAGGGCCUGGUGGUAGAGCGUAAGAAGAGGCACAACAAGGAGGUGUACGAGGAGGCGUGCAAGGACAUCAACAACUACCCUCCGCACAGGGCGACGAAGGCAACUGGCCAUCGAGAAGCUCGAGCAGGAGCUCGUGUUGCUGAACGAGAGGCGAAAGGCGGUGCAGGCGGUGCAGAAACUGAAGCACAAGCAGAUUGCGCUCCUCUUGCAGUCGCUGGCCGACAUUCAGGCCACGGUCGAAGAGGGCGAGGUGGAGGAGCCGACGGUGGGUGCCCUGGAGCUAGUUGGCCUGGACGAGGAGUUGGUAGUGGAUGGCACCGCAGAAGAAGGGGACGGGGACAAUGGAGACGCGGAAGAGGGCGAUGACGACGGCAACGACGACGACGGAGAGGCGGAGGAAGAGGGCGAGCGGCGACGUGGCCGAAAACGCUCUCCGUCGGCCGAGAGCGACGAAGUCGAAAGGGUCGCCGUCGGAACAAAUGGCGAGGUACCGCCCGGCGAAGACGAAGAGAUGACGGACGCAGGCCCCGCCUAGUUCGUUCUCCGGCGUACUGGAGGGUCAGAGUUGUGUGUUUAGUGGACGCCAGCCUUGUCGUUUCUCUCUGGAUUGGUUUCGAGGCUCAGCAAUCCCAAAAGAAGUGUGUGCUCUUUUCAGACGACAUUUCCGAAAGGGCACCCGGCACCUGUGAUGCCAGGUGUGCUGGGAGGGCUGGGCAGCCGCGAAGGAGUGCAUUCGUCUACGUUAUCUAAGCGACGGCAGCGGAAAGCGAUUCCUGUUACAUCGGAAAAAUCGAUCCCUCGAACUGCUUCGUAGAGGAAUCUGAGAAAUUAGAUAGUGUCUAGUCGAGUCAACGCGGGAGAACAGAUCAAGGUACAACUCAUUUUUCUGCCCAUAAAACUCGUUUUUAGCAUCGCUCUUCUCUUCCGGCACGAUGCCGGUGCAACUGGAACAGAGUCGUCGUUGCUUUCGCUCGCGUGCUGGCUUCCAAUCGAGUGGACUGCCUGGGGUAGUGAACUAGGGAGUUGAGCCCAUUGCCCAACUCGGAAUUUGAGUCGCAAACAAAUUUUG